AUGAGUAAACCAGGCUUGUCAUUCGGUCUCAGCCUAGGCAAAAAGCCAGGCGCAUCAAAACCGGCCCCCGGAAAACGGAAACCAUUCGGUGCUAAAGCGUUUGGCGGCGACGACGACUCCGACAACGAUGCGCCCAAUUCGGGAACCAAGAUUGAGUCGCUGGACGAGCUAGGCGGUUUCGAAGUCGACUCCUCGUCCAGUAGACAAGAAAAUGGAGGGAAGAGGAGCAAGAGCAAGAAUGCGCUACCGACACAACCACCCACGAGUAGGGCCAAGAAGCAAGAAAGCACCAUGUUUGGUGACCUCUCCGGCUCGCUCGCAUCCAAAAAACACGCCGAGGCGGCGGAAGAGCUCGAUCCGAGUGUAUACGACUACGACGGCGUUUACGAAUCUUUCAAACCGCAGAAGAAGACGACCAAGGAGGAUGUGGAGAGGAAGCCCAAGUACAUGAAGAGUCUGCUCGCGGCGGCUGAUGUACGGAAACGUGAUGCGCUGAUUGCGGAAGAGAAGAAGAUUGCGAGGGAGCGAGAGGCCGAAGGUGAAGAGUAUGCCGACAAGGAGAAAUUUGUCACAGAGGCAUACAAGAAGCAGCAAGAGGAGAACCGGCGGAUCGAGGAGGAGGAGAGGAGACGGGAGGAAGAGGAGGCCAAGAAGAACAAGACGGGUGGUAUGAGCGCUUUCUACAAGAAUCUUCUCAACAAGGGCGAGGAGAGGCAUGCUGAGGUUGUAAAAGCGGCGGAGGACAAAGCCAAGGCCGGUCCGACGGUGCCGGAAGAGGACGAUGCAUCAAAAGAGAAGUCCGAGGCCGAUCUUGCGCAGGAGAUUAACCAGAAAGGCGGUGCCGUCGUUGUCAACGAGGAUGGGCAGGUGGUGGACAAGCGGCAGCUGCUCAGGGGUGGUCUCAAUGUCGGGGCCAAGAAGGAAGCGCAGGUCAGGGAGGAGGCUGCGCGGCCGAGGGAGAGCAGGCCGGAGCGCGGCGCCGGCACCGGCUUCGUUGGCUCUGGCGGCAAAGGCGCGAUGCGGGAGCGGCAGACCCGAAUGCUCGAGGCGCAGCUGGAGGCGGCCCUCAAGCGGUCCCGCGAGGAGGAGGAGGCGGAGCGCGAAAAGGUCGAGCGGGUUACCAAGACGAGGAAGACGGACGGGGAGAUUUCGAGCGCCAAGGAGCGGUACCUUGCCAGAAAGCGUGAGGCGGAAGAGGCGAAGAAGAAGGGCCUGGCGGAGUAA